AUGUCGCUCGCAGCUCGGGAGGAGAAGAUCAACAUGCACAUGAACGAUAUUAACUAUCGCAAGAUAGUAGAGAUGGUUGGUACUCUCGUGAGAAAGUAUCGCAAAUACAGCAACGAACUCCAGAUUCGCAGGCGUCAUCUCAGCCGGUUAGAGCUCUCUUGCAGUCAAGAGGAUAUUGAAAGGUGGGAGAUGUCUCGCCGCGACUUGGAAGAGAAGCGUGCGAAGGACCCCCUCUACGCCGAUGUCUUUUGGGGUAGUCCCCUUUCCUCUGCAGAGCCCGGAAAGGAGAUUACUGAGGUUCGCUUGCUGGAGACGGAUGGCGACGGGCUAGUCAAGGCGUUGAUUGAGUCGUUGAAGCUUGAGCAGGACAGCCUGCGCAUGCAGGCUCAGGGAAAAGACUGGGGUUCCUCUAUCGAAGAUCGCCGUACCGCUGCUAUAGCGAGGACAAGGUUUAACAAUCGCCGCACUCGCGCUAAUAGGCAGUUGGCCCCUCUGCUCGAUUUGGAGGCCGAGGAAGAAGACAUUCUACCCGCGCGCCUGGCGAAGCUUCUUGAUGAGGACGAAUGGUCAGAGGACGAUCUCACCCAACACCAGCAUCACCUUCGGCCCAAACCUGAGUUCCGACCCGUCUUCCUUCCGUCUGGCUUGCCGCCGGUUCAUAGGCAGAAAGCGCAAAUGAGCGAAUCAAGGCGAAGGGCGAUGGAUAUCGAGGCCGAGCUGCGGGUUGCGGACAUGGUCGAACGCUUACAAGCGAUAAGGGAGGGUCUUUGCGACCAAGCGCAAGGAUACCGCCUUGCCAUUCGGAGCAAGAAAGGCAAAGGCUCGGCGAACUAUCGAGAGCGAACGAACGCCUGGAUACACGCCCGCCAACAGACGAAGGAUGUUUGGGUGCAUGCGGCCAUAUAUAACCAUCAUUUACGCCGUGUCCGGCUCUGCUUCUGGGACGAUGCUCCAGAGGCUAUCGCUCACCGCUCCAUCCUCGAGGAGCGCUACAAACCCAUUCUCGCAGAGCAUAUUCGCUGCUCCACCGCCACGUAUGAGAUGUACAACAACCUAAGGACGCGUGGCGAUUUCACUCUACCCUGGUUCUGGCGCAUGCAGCAUGCUGUGCUCGCUGAGGCAGGGGUCGAUCCCCAGAGAGGCGGGGAAGGUGAUUAUGAUUCGAACGACGACGAGACCUUCAUCGGAGAUUUCUUUCGCACCCGGUGGAUCAAUGCAAAAUGCGCAGUGGUGCGUUGUGAGGAAGAAGAAUUCAUGCUGCAAGGGGAGAUGCAGACCUGCUAUUUGGGGUACCUUUCCCUCGCUUUCUCCUGGCGUCGGCGUUGUCGCCUAUUGCCCAUCGCCGAGGGAUCAAGCGAUAAGUUCGCUGGUUUACGAUCUCAUGCUUUGCAAAAUAUGCAUGCUUGGCUAGACCUCGCUGCACACGCAAAGCAAGCCUUCAAUGCGGAGGUCUUGGACAUCAUAAGCGACGAGCUACAAUAG